GUGAAACUUUUCUUGAGUGAAACACGAAAGAUGGAAAGAAAGAGAUCAGACUCAUCAGACCGUAGCCGUGUGUCCAAAAAGAGAGACUCUUCAACGGAGCCCAAAAACAACUUUGCAUCCAGUUCCACUGAUCUGAGAGUACUGGAGAGGAAGAGAUCAGACUCAUCAGAGUGCAGCCGUAUAUCCAGGAAGAGAGACUCUUCAGUCGAACCGAAAAAUAACUCCACAGACAAGUCUACUUCUCUGGGAAUGAUGGAUGAAAACACAUCAGAAUCACCUGACCCCAACUGUGUCUCCAUGAACAUAGAGAGUCCUACUGAACUCAGACCACAAAAGAAGAAAUCAGACAUCAGCAGAAAUCAGCUGGACUCCAUAUUUAUGGAGCUGGAACAGAAAGUCAUCACCCUGAUUACGAAUGAACUGGAGAGGUUCAAGAAGCUACUGAGUCCAGAUUGCCCAUCAUGCACUGAGAGGGAGGCGGAGGAUGAGGAAGAUCUGUACAGUGUCAGAGAGGGAGCGCUGAAGAUCACACUGCACGUCCUGAAGAACAUGGACCACACAGAUCUCGCUAACACACUGCAGAACAUGUCAGUGACUUCUGUGUAUCAGCCAAAACUGAAAUCCAGCCUGAGAGAGAAGUUUAAAAGAAUUAAUGAAGAAAACUCACAGCAUGGAAGCUCAGCUCAUCUGAAUGAGAUCUACACCGAGCUUUACAUCACAGAUGGUUGGCGUGGAGAUGUCAAUAAUGAACAUGAAGUGAGACAGAUUGAGACAACAUUUAGGAGAGCAGCAACACAGGAGACACCAAUCGAAUGUAAUGAGCUCUUUAAAGACAAGUCCAUUAGAAGUGUGCUGACUAAAGGAGUAGCUGGAAUUGGAAAAACUCUCUCUGUGCAGAAGUUCAUUCUGGACUGGGCUGAAGGAAAAGCAAAUCAAGAUAUCACCUUCAUAUUUCCACUUCCCUUUAGAGAGCUGAAUAUGAUGAAGCAUAAAAGUUUCAGUCUAAUGAAUGUCCUGCAUUACUUUUUCCCAGAAAUUAAAGAAUUAAUGUUAUUAGAUUGUGAUUCCUAUAAAGUCAUGUUCAUUUUUGAUGGUCUGGAUGAGUGUCGGCUUCCUCUAAAUUUCCAGAACAACGAGAGAGUUUGUGAUAUGACUGAGUCAGCCCCAGUUGAUGUGCUGCUGACAAACCUCAUCAAGGGGAACCUGCUUUCUUCUGCUGUCCUCUGGAUCACCUCUCGACCAGGAGCAGUCAAUCAGAUCCCUCCUAAGUGUGUAAACCAGGUAACAGAGGUACGAGGAUUCAGUGAUCCUCAGAAAGAGGAGUACUUCAGGAAGAAGAUCAGUGAUGAGAGCCUGGCCAAUAAAAUCAUCAAACAUGUGAAGUCUUCAAGAAGCCUUUACAUCAUGUGCCACAUCCCAGUCUUCUGCUGGAUCUCAGCCACUGUUCUAGAGAGAAUGUUGGAUGAAGAAGAAAGUGGAGAGAUCCCCAAGACCCUGACUCAAAUGUUUACACACUUCCUUAUUUUUCAGAUCAAACACAAGGACCAAAUGUUUAAUCAGAAAUGUGACCCUGAUCCUCAGCAGACCAGAGAGAUUAUCCUCGCACUGGGAAAACUGGCUUUCCAACAGCUGGAGAAAGGGAACCUGAUCUUCUAUGAGAAAGACCUGAGAGAUUGUGGCAUUGACAUCAGAGAAGCUUCAGUGUACUCAGGAGUGUGUACACAAAUCUUCAGAGAGGAGUUUGGGCUUCACCUGGGGAAGGUGUUCAGCUUUGUACAUCUGAGUGUUCAGGAGUUUCUGGCUGCUUUAUAUGCAUUUAUCUGCUUUAUCAAGAGAAAUGUAACAGAAGAACAAACUUCUGAUCUGUCUGAACUUUUCAGCAAGUCAAUGUCUGAUUUCUUCAGAAGUGCAGUGGACAAAGCAUUACAGAGUAAGAAUGGACAUCUGGACCUGUUUCUCCGCUUCCUUCUGGGUCUCUCACUGGAGUCCAGUCAGAGUCUUUUACAAGGCAUAUUGCCACAGAUAGGAAACAGCUCUCACAGUAAACAGGAAACAGUCAGGUACAUCAAGGAAAAGAUUGGGGAGAAUCCAUCUCCAGAAAAAUCCAUCAAUCUGUUGCACUGUCUAAAUGAACUAAAUGAUCAUUCGCUAGUGCAGGAAGUACAAAAAUACCUGAAGAAGGGAGGUGACCAGCGUCUCAGUAAAAUUAGACUCUCUCCUGCUCAGUGGUCAGCUCUGGUGUUUGUGAUACUAAACUCAGAACAGGAGCUAAAGGAGUUUAAUUUGAAGAAAUAUGACCCAUCUGACGAAUGCCUUCUGAGGCUGCUGCCAGUGGUCAGAGCUUCCAGAAAAGCAGAACUGUGUGGGUGUAACCUGACAGUGGAGUGCUGUAAGGUUCUGUCCUCAGUUCUCAGCUCAAACUCCUCCAGUCUGAGAGAACUGGACCUGAGUCACAAUAUCCUGCAGGAUUCAGGAGUGAAGCUGCUCUCUGCUGGACUGGAAAAUCCACAAUGUAAACUAGAGAUACUGAGUCUCCGUUGGUGUAGCCUGACAGCAGAAAGCUGUAAAGUUCUGUCUUUAGUUCUCAGCUCAAAAUCGUCCAACCUGAGAGAGCUGGACCUGAGUAAGAAUUAUAACCUGCAGGAUUUAGGGGUGAAGCUGCUCUCUGCUGGACUGGAGAGUCCACACUGUACACUGGAGAUACUGAGUCUACAUUUUUGUGAACUGAGCACUGAAAGCGGUAGAGUUCUGUCCUUCGUACUCAGCUCACAGUCCUCCAGUCUGAGAGACCUGAACCUGAGUACAAAUAAACUGAAGGAUUCAGGAGUGAAGCUGCUCUCUGUUGGACUGGAGAAUCCACACUGUAGACUGGAGAAACUGAGUAUGCGUGAUUGUGGUCUGACAGACGGCAGCUGUAGAUCUCUGUCCUCAGUCCUGAGCUCAAACCCCUGCAGUCUGAGAGAACUGGACCUGAGUGACAAUCAACUGAAGGACUCAGGAGUGAAGCUGCUCUCUGCUGGACUGAAGAAUCCACACUGUACACUGGAAAAACUGAGGCUUCAAGACUGUUGUCUGACAGAGAAAGGUUGUAGAGUUCUGUCUUCAGUCCUCAGCUUAAAGUCCUCCAGUCUAAGAGAACUGGACUUGAGUUACAAUUAUAACUUGAAGGAUUCAGGAGUGAAGCUGCUCUCUGCUGGACUGGAGAAUCCACACUGUACACUGGAGAAACUGAGGCUGCGUCGGUGUAAACUGACUGGAGAAUGCUGUAGAUCUCUGUCCUCAGUCCUGAGCUCAAACUCCUCCAAUCUUAGAGAACUGGACCUGAGUCACAAUGACCUGCAGGAUUCAGGAGUGAAGUUGCUCUCUGCUGGACUGGAGAAUCCACACUGUACACUGGAGAUACUGAAUCUAAGUGAGUGUAACCUGUGUACAGAAGGCCUCAGCGCUCUGUCCUCAGCCCUCAGCUUAAACUCCUCAUCACACCUGAGGGAGCUGUACCUGGCACGUAACGGUCAAGGAAAAUCAGGAGUGAAAAAGCUCUCUGAUCUAAUCAAGGAUCCUCGGUGUACACUGAAGAAAGUAAACAUUACUGUACCCAGUACUUCAGGAUGUGGACUCACCACAGAAACACUAACGCCUGAAACUGCACCACUUUCUGACUGAUAACAUUCAUUUAUUUACAAUCUUUACUAGGGCUGCACGAUUUGGGAAAAAUGUCACAUUGCGAUUAUUAAGGUCAAAAUUGCGAUUUACGAUUGCGAUACGAUAAACAAGUGGUAUGACUCAACUUGCUUGUUAUCAAGGAAAAUGCACUUACAUUACUAAUAAUGCUAAAAUUUUAAUUUCUCAACUGAGAUAUAGUGUACAGUGCAAUCUAGCAACUAGAAAUGAACAAUGUUUUCUAAUUAAAACAAAAUUGUACAAAUUUAAAUAACAGUAACAUCUUUACAUUAUUGAAUUAAAUUACAUUAAAUUAACUUUUAAAUUAUAUUAGAAAGUCAAAAGUACAGAUAAAUAAAACAAAUACCUAUUUAAAAAAAAUAUUUUUACAUUUUGUCCCAAAACAGGGACAUUUAAGGAAGAUGUAACAUAUACUUUAUUGGUAUUCUUAUCAAAUCACUCACCAUUUUUAAUCUAAUGAUGAAGAAGAGAUUAAAGGAAAGAAAAGUGUCCUUUAAACAUAUUAAUUUUAGAGUCAUGCUAAUAAUCAUGAAAAUAAUUUAAAUGAGACAUUUCUAGUGUUCUUUGUGACACAGAUUUCUAUACUGUAUUUCCAUUUAUUCUUAAAUAAAUCUGUUAAUAGCUGUCCUGUCUAACGUACGGUUAAGUAGCUUUAAAUAUGAAAAGAUUAAAUUAAUUUAACUUACCGAUGGCCAAAAGAAGUCUAUGCCCGAAGCACUGUAACCUAGUCCAGUGAUUAACCCCCCCCCGCCUUUGGCGAUGUUCGUGCCGUUGUCUGUUGCGACUGCGACCAAACCAUCCUUACAGAGGUCCCAUGCAGCCAGUGCCUCUCUUAAACCCGCGGCUACAGUGUGUUCUCUCCGGUGUGAUCGCCAGGGAAAUACCAUGUUUGCAGGCAACGGCUUUUCAGUUCAAACUCAUUGUGCGCGGUUAGGCUAAUAUAUGUCUCGGUCGUCCUGCUUGACUAAAGGUCCGUAGGAGUUAAAAAGAACUUCACUGCAGUUAUUUCAAGUUGAACGUCGCUACGUCACUUACUGAGACUUACAAACACAUCUGUAAUAAUGUGUUGUUUUGUUCUGCUCACACUGCGUUGUGCUUUGUUUGGUCUCUUUACUACUCUUGGCUUUUACCGCCAUGCAUUUAUCAUACUUUUCUGUGUUGCUUUAGGUGCUGAUAUAAAUUUGUCGUGUUGCCACCUGAUGUAGCGACUUUAGUUUUGCCAAUUUUGCGCAGUAUUUCUUUCUGCUUAGUGUCCGAUAUCCUGAAACCAAAAUAUCGCCAAAUAACAGAGCUUGCAUUUUUUCUGGGCACAAGUUCAGCGUCGGUCACUUCUGUAUCCAUUUUCUUCUGUCUCCACACUGCGCUGCGGAAAGUCACGUGACCACCAGCAUGCGCGCUACACAAGUCUGACUGGUUAUUUUUUAUUUUUGACAUAAGAAAUGGCAAUACAGCUCUUAGAAUGAAUGUCUUGUUACGACCGCGAACGCAUUUGUUUAUUUAAUAUAAUCGCAACAUUUGCUGUAAUGUAAUCGCAUAGGCUGACAUUGCGAUUGCGAUUAUGCUAUGAUUAAUCGUGCAGCACUAAUCUUUACUAUAAUAAUUAUCUACAGUGGGGCAAAAAAGUAUUUAGUCAGCCAGCAAUUGUUCAAGUUCUCCCACUUAAAAAGAUGAGAGAGGCCUGUAAUUUCCAUGAUAGGUAUACCUCAACUAUGAGAGACAAAAUAAGGAAAGAAAAUCCAGAAAAUCACAUUGUAGGAUUUAUAAAGAAUUUAUUUGCAAAGUAUGGUAGAAAAUAAGUAUUUGUUCACCUACAAACAAGCAAGAUUUCUGUCUCUCACAGACCUGUAACUUCUUCUUUAAGAGGCUCCUCUGUCCUCCACUCGUUACCUGUAUUAAUAGCCUCUGUUAUCAGUAUAAAAGACACCUGUCCACAACCUCAAACAGUCACACUCCAAACUCCACUAUGGCCAAGACCAAAGAACUGUCGAAGGACACCAGAAACUAAAUUGUAGACCUGCACCAGGCUGGGAAGACUGAAUCUGCAGUAGGUAAGGAGCUUGGGCCUGUCUGAAGUUUGCUAGAGAGCAUUUGGAUGAUCCAGAAGAGGAUUGGGAGAAUGUCAUAUGGUCAGAUGAAACCAAAAUAGAACUUUGUGUUUGGAGGAGAAAGAAUGGCUUAGUUGCAUCCAAAGAACACCAUACCUACUGUGCAGCAUGGGGGUGGAAACAUCAUGCUUUGGGGCUGUUUUUCUGCAAAGGGACCAGGACGACUGAUCCGUGUAAAGGAAAUAAUGAAUGGAGCCAUGUAUCGUGAGAUUUUGAGUGAAAACCUACUUCCAUCAGCAAGGGCAUUGAAGAUGAAACGUGGCUGGGUCUUUCAGCAUGACAAUGACCCCAAACCCACUGCCCGGGCAAUGAAGAAGUGGCUUCGUAAGAAGCAUUUCAAGGUCCUGGAGUGGCCUAGCCAGUCUCCAGAUCUCAACCCCAUAGAUAAUCUUUGGAGAGGGUUUGAAAACCUUGUGAAGACUAACAGAAAACCUUUGCCCUCUAUCAUUGUCAACAAAGGGUAUAUAACAAAGUAUUGAAAUGAAAUUUUGUUUUUGACCAAAUACUUUUAUUAGAGAGAAUAAUUUGCACUUUUGUACCUGCUUUAUAGCAUGUUUACAACAAAGUUGUAUAUAUGUUUAAAGCUUGAUGUGUGUUAAAUUUCAUGGGAUUGAUCAGAAGCAAGAUUUAAAUGACAAAAAAAAAAGAUUCAUGAUAAGAAACACUUUAAAGCGUCACCAACACCUGAAACAUCACACCAGUGAUUAUUCAAGAUUCUGAGCUGAGUUUUAUCUCGUACAGUUCAUCUUUAUGAAUCUCUCUGUGUUGAACAGGAAGUGAUGUCAUGAAAGAACCAUAUAGCCUGUGGUUUGGCACACACAGCUGAAAACACACUGAUUUUAUAAGCCCUAUUAUACUGUAUGCUAACUCUACACUAACUGUGAGUUGGACUCCUCUGAUCUAAAUAUCAAAAACUAAAGCAUUGCAUUAUAAUUAAACAGUAGACUAGUACUAACUAUUAAAAAAAUAGAAUUUAAACACACAAAAUUACUUUCUCAGUGUGACCUACUGUACACUGUAAUGCCUGUAUACAAGAAAAAUAAUCCACAAAUAUCAAGAAUAUCUUUGACUUCCUGUUUAUCUGAGCUGGCGAAUAAGAGCUGCUCACACACUGUGUAACGAGGAAAUGUUUAUUAUAAAAUAUUUAAAUCCAAGUAAUGUUAAAGCCAUUAAAAGUGUCUUCAUGCUUACUUUACACGUGUGUAGUGAUGUGCCGAGCCCUGCUCUGGAUCUCUUUAAUAAAUGAUUACUCUGUACACGUCUAUUCAGUUUUUACACUGAACUAAAACCUGCUAUUUUUCUGUCCUUUAAAAAUUUGAGACGAAUGAAAUAAAGAAACAAAUAAGA